GCUGCCUUCAACCUAUGGGCCAGUGAGAGAGUUGCAGAACCGCCCCUUUCCGGGAAAAUGCUGGGUUUCACUUUCAGUCGAGCUGUUCCACUCCACAUUCCCGCAGUGAGCGAGGCGGCGCUGAAACAGUCUGAUCCCGGAUCGGGACGGUAGCGCAGUCGGAAUAACAUGGCCCAGUCAGUGCUGCCCAAGUACUUCAGCGACACGGAGAUGAGGAGCCUGCAGACCGGGUACAGUAACGGAGAUGUGGUGUCAACGAUACUGCGGUUAAAGCGGGUGAUGGAUUCGGGCAAUGUGCCGAUUAACAUCGCAGUGUUGGGAGACGGCGGGGCCGGCAAAUCCACCUUCAUCAAUACCAUGAGGGGUGUCCGCAGUGGCGACCAGGGAGCGGCUCCGGUGGGGGCUUAUGAAGCCAGUGUGAAUCCAGUGGGAUAUCCCUACCCCUCUCUGCCCAAUGUCCAGCUCUGGGAUCUGCCCGGGUCCAACUCACUCGGCUUUGAGAUGAGCCGCUACCUGAAGCAGGUGCAGUUUGAAAGCUAUGACUUUUACAUCAUCGUGUCCCGGUCACGCUUCAGAGAGAAUGACGGGGAAUUCAGCAAAAAGAUUCAGCAACAGGGGAAAGGUUUCUACUACAUCCGCUCCAAGAUCGACAAUGACGCCUAUUCCAUGCAGAUGCAGGGCACUGACUUCGGGGAAGGGCAGCGACAGAUCCGCCAAGAUUGUCUCAACAACUUCCAUCGGUGGGAGUGCCUGGCAAUGCAAUGCCUAGACAGAGGAGUGUCCGGUUCAGCCAGUGACUGGAUCAGUGAGAGCGCCUCUCUCCGCAAGGUCGAUGUAUCGACUGAUGAACGCUGUGCCUAA